CGCGCCUAGCCCCUCCCUCUUCCCCCUCCUCCCCCCCGGCCCGGCCGCCGCCGCCAUGGAGUCGAACAGGGACGAGGCGGAGCGGUGCAUCGGCAUCGCGCUGGCCGCCGUCAAGGCCAACCAGCCCGACAAGGCCCGCCGCUUCCUGGAGAAGGCGCAGCGCCUCUACCCCUCGUCGCGGGUCCGCGCUCUGCUUGAAUCACUCAACAAGAAUGAACAGUCAUCCAGCAGCCAGUCCCAAUCCAAGGAGUCUACAAACCCCCACUUCAAAAAAAUGAGUGGAGACUUCUCAUCAGCCAACGGAGAGGCUGGUGGGGAGGCUCCCAAGGGCUACACUCAGGACCAGGUGGAUGCAGUGAAAAGGGUAAAGCAAUGUAAAGAUUACUAUGAAAUUCUGGGAGUAAACAGAGAAGCUUCUGAUGAGGACCUGAAAAAGGCUUACCGGAAACUUGCACUGAAAUUCCACCCAGAUAAGAACCAUGCACCAGGGGCUACAGAGGCAUUUAAAGCCAUCGGUAAUGCGUAUGCAGUAUUGAGCAACCCAGAGAAGAGGAAGCAGUACGACCAGUUUGGAGAUGAGAAACUCAACGCUGCUCGGCAUGGACACAGUCACUCGGACUUCCACCGGGGGUUUGAGGCAGACAUCUCUCCCGAGGACCUCUUCAACAUGUUUUUUGGUGGUGGUUUUCCCUCUAGUAACGUUCACGUCUACAGCAACGGCAGAAUGCGCUACACCUACCAUCAGCGGCAGGACAGGAGGGAACAUCAGGGUGAUGGUGGCCUUGGGCUGUUUGUCCAGCUGAUGCCUAUCCUCAUCCUGAUCAUUGUGUCUGCUCUCAGCCAGAUGAUGGUUUCCAGCCCACCCUACAGUUUGAGCCAGAGGCCGUCUGUGGGUCACAUACACAGGAGGAUGACAGAGCACUUGAAAGUCAUAUACUACGUAUCUGAGAACUUUGCAGAUGAAUACACGGGCACGAACCUAAAAAACGUGGAAAGGAGUGUGGAGGAUGACUACAUUGCAAACCUUCGAAAUAACUGCUGGAAAGAGAAGCAGCAGAAGGAAGGUUUGUUGUACCGGGCACGCUACUUCGGAGACUCGGAUCUGUACCAGCGAGCACAGAAGAUGGGCACCCCCAGCUGUAGCAGACUGUCAGAUGUUCAAGCCUCUCUGCACGGAUAGUCACCACAGGCACACUCCACAGAGGUCUAAACUCUUGAAAUGCCUGAAGACUUUUGGUGAAGUGCACUGAGCCGAGGUGACAGACUUGAUAUUUAAAAGAAUCAAACCUUAUCUUUAAAAUUGGAGAAUUAGCAACGCACAACCGCCCUCUUUCUUCUCUCUGCCUGUCUCCACCAUUUGACCUGCGUCUCAGGCAGUGAUAAGGACAGGAAAAUCCAGCUGCCCGUCUUCCUCCUUCCCUUCCAAUGCCGCUAGCGUGUGACAGCCUCCUUGCUCCUGGGAUCCCACAACCCCGAGAACAAUAGAGUGUAAAAUAACAUAAACUAACUGCAGAGGCCAUGAAACUUUGCAACUGCACUGGUCACUGCCAGCAGAGAGAGGAAUUGGACGAUUUGGUGAUAAAACAAAACUCUUAAAAAAAAAAAAAAAAAAAGGAAAUAUAAUCUAUUUAGAAUUAAUUUAUAGCUGUAUAUAUGUUGUACUUUUAAACUAUGCAGGGGUUGGAUGAUUAAAUUAUUUUGUUUUCUGCCCAGUUUGGUAAACAGGGAAACCGGAAAUCUCUUCCCGGGGUGUCUUGCUCUGCAGCACUUUCCUGCCUGACACACUAAAACAAAACUCACUUUGCAGUUACUGCAUUUUGCUUUCUGAAGGACAGCGGUGUCCUGCAGCUUGGGAUAUCCAUACUGCCACUCGGCUUUUAAUAAAAGAAAUUCCAAAUCCGUAGGGGGUAACAAAUCUGGAAAACUGUCCAGAUUUGCGUUGUGGUUUUGCAGCGUCAGCAGAAGCUGCAGGGGGUCAGCUGAGCCCAGCAUUGCCCUCAGUGACAGGAAGGAUUUUCAUGGAUGCUUUUUUGCUCAUCAAUCGUUGGGGUUAUUUGUGCACGUAACUUCUUUUUUUCGCUGAGUCUGCUUUAAUUUUGCCUUGUAAUCAGCAUUCGGUGGUCACUUUGUAAAGAGGGCUUGUCACCAGCUGUCUCCCUUUGUUGGGGCUUUUUUUGUGUGCGUCCUACACUUGGGGUUCCUCACCCACCAGCACACCCAUUUGCAACAUGGCCAUGCACUUGACACCCAAUCUCUAGUGUUUCCUAGAGAAGACCUGUAAAAUAACUGCUUAUUCAUAAGAAACAGAGCUUUCUAUUGCUUCUGUUGAAAGAAGUGUUUCUGGGGGAGAUGGAAGGGUGCACCUGACCUCGGCCUCCUCUGAGCUCUGCAGCUCAUCUCUCAGUCAGUCAUGGUUGGGCAGGACUGGUGGGAAGGCGCUUGAGGUGAUGAGCCAGCUCUUUGAAACAAAGCUGACAUGAGCAGAGCUUUCUCAUGGAAUUAACUGGAUUAUUUUUUUUUCUUUUUUUGGUACUCUACAGUUGAUUUUUGUCUAAAGACAUUCCCACUGAGAACCAUCUUCUGACACACUCAGAGGGAAAAAUGAAAAGUGCAGCAGCUCCUGGGUGAUGUGGAAGAGGUGAGAGGGUUUUACUUCUUUGUGAUUAGGAAUCCAUGUGCUCUGUCUUCAGCUAUUUAUUUAUUUUGCAAUACAUCAGCCCUCCUGCUAACUGCAAGCCUUAUUAUCCCACAGCCACCAGGACCUGAUUUUAAGGAAGUUUUCCUUUUUUUUUUUUUUCUUUUUUUUUCCAAUGAUUCCUCCACCUUUGGAAGGAAUUGAGUGGAUAUGAAGAGAUCACAGGGAGGGGAUUAAACAAAAGUCAUGUUAGCAGAAGGUGCUGGAUGUUGCAGAAUGGCAUUCCUUGCCCAGAGCCUGCCCGCCAAAAACCUUUUGAUUAUUUUUAUUUUAUCAAGUAGAUACCCAAGGAUAAUAACGACCGAGAAGGCGUAGAUCCUCAUGGAUGCUCACAGAGGCUGUAUCUCUCCAGUUUAGAAUUAAUUAUACAAUUGUACAUCUAUAAAUAAAUGUUUAUAAUGUGAAAGGCU